AUGAGCAAUGCAAUCAAGGCUAAGUGUGGCUAUUGUCGACAGGAAAUAAGCGCUAGUUGUAUCGUUAAUAAGGGAGAAAGCUCCACAGUGACGAACGGUGGUUGUGCUUCUGUUGGAGGAGGAGGAGGAAUAGGAGGGGGUGGUGGAGGCUAUGAUGUUAAAGAUAUCGAAGCCUUGGAGGAUAGGGUCGUUCAUUUGGGCAUUAAAAAGAUAAGAGGAGAAACAGAGGGAAAGGUGAAACCUGUAGCUGAUAUGCACCAAAGGAAAGCUGAGAUGACCCACCAUUUUGCUUGUUUUAUUGCCUUACCAAGUGGGUAUGGAACUCUUGUAGAGUUGCUGGAGGUGAUAACCUGGGCUCAGCUUGGCAUAUUUAUGUAA